AGGUUUCAGGGAAGAUGUUAGAUUUGAGUUUCCUUACUGAGGAGGAGUAUGAGAAGCUGAUGAAGGUCCUGCAGAGAGAUGCAGAACUGAAGAAGAAGGAUGGGGAUCGCAUCAGGCGGAUACAAGGCUCCAUCAAGGAUGAGAAGAAGAAGAAGUUCAUGACAGGUGAAUGGUUUUCGGAAGUGAAGGCAAAACGGUUUCAGGAAGACUUAGAGGGGCCAGAUCUACUUCGGGCAUCGAUUAGAAGGAAGAAGGGCAAACUAGAAACUGAGGCCAAGGAGCACAUCCAGACGGGUCUGGGAAGCAGACCUGCCCGAAGUCCUACCUUCCCUGAGCACACUGCUGGCACAGGAGAGGAGAGAUCCAGCACACCUGCUCUUGAUACAGCAGAGGAGCGUAAAAUCUGUCCAAAACCAAAGCCAAGACUUCAUGUGCCGCUGUCUGCAUCACACAAGAGAUCCAGUAUACAUGACGCCUCUUCCUCAGAGAGUGACACUGGGACAAGUCCAUUUGUGGCUGCAACAAACAACUUGCAUUUGUCUAGAAAAGGUCAUGGAUUAUCUUCAUUGCCCACCAGCCUUUCAGAAGAUGCUGUGCCUCAGGCCAGCAGUGCAGCUGGAGGAGAAGCUGUUGAUGGGGCCUCUGGGACCACAAUGGGGGCAAAAACUCCACCUGAAGAAACUUACACUCCCAGCAGGAUACCAGUUAAGAAGAAACCAAGCAGAACCUUCCCCAAAUCUGAGCAGGUUGUGAAUCACGUGGUACCAGCAGAGAAUAGCCUCGCAAACAGAAAGCUGUUGGCAAGCCCCAAACCACUAACCACAGAGGGGGAAAGCAGCCAGGCCCUGAAACAAGGCAUAAACUAUACAAUCUCAUCAAUGAGUAACAAAGAGGAGGAUAUUGGCCUUGAUCGUGAACACUUCAAGAACUUGAAGAACUUCUGGGAGAAGGGAGCAGACUCUAUGAUGAUGGAGAACGUGCCAGAGGACCUAGGUUGGGUGGAGGCAGAAGGUAGGCAGUUCAAACUGUGCCGCUCACUCUCUGUGCAGUCUGGGCAAGGCCAGAACAGUGUAGAAAAACAUGGAGUCCUCACUAAAACAAGACCCCCCUACAAAAGGACAAUAAACUUGUCUUCUAGUGAGGAAGAACCAAGCUAUGUGGCCCCUGCAAGGAAGGGCUCAAUUCCUACCGUUCCUAGAUCCACAUAUGCCAAGAGCAAAGGCAGCCUGAUUACAAGAAAUGACUCACUGAGUGAAAGCAAUGGGAAGCCACUGGUACCAGAGGAAGAGAAGUGCCAGAGCAGUGCACAGCACUGCUCCAAGAAAUCCAGACUGCCUGUGCGAGCCCCUUCCACCAAAGUUGAUUCACCUACCACAGAGGUGUCUGGCAGCACGGUAGAGCAAGAGACGCCUACAGAUGAGUUGAUUGUGGCAGAAGAGCGCAAGUCCACAGAGAAUUCCCUGGCAAGUAGGGUGCAGAUCAUGAUCGAGCCUGUGCUUACAGAUGGUGAAAACAAUGAUGGCAAAGAGAAAAGACCUGAUUUGGGCACUCAUGACAACAUGGAAAUAAAUGGAGAGCUACCUGAGUUAAAAACAUGUGAGUCUUCAGACAAGCCACCAUCCAGUGAGCCAACCAGAGAGAGAGAAGUUGUUCAGGGAAUGGACUCAGCUGUUUACUCAGAGGAAGAUGGGGAUCAUUCCACUGAUGCUCAGGCACUGGCCAGAGCAAAUAGCAUUAAUCUUGCAAAGAGCAUGGUGAACAUUUACACAACCACAGAGACAUACAAUAAACCACAUUUGAUAGCCCAUCAGUUCCUUGAACCUGAAAGAGUCAAAGAUCUGAGCAGAUCCUCUCCUCUCCUGUUGUCUGAGACUGAAUCAGACACGGCUUCAGAAAUCAGCUUCCAGUUUAACAGGCACAAAAAGACCCCCAGCAUUGGCAGCCACUCGUCCGACAUGGCAUCUGUCUCCUCGGUGAGUGGCAGUGUGCUCAGUGUCUACAGUGGUGAUUUUGGGAGUGUGGAUGCCCAAGGUACUGUGGAAUUUGCUUUAGACUAUGAUGAGAAGAACCGGGAGUUCCAGGUUCAUGUGUCCCAGUGCAAGGACUUGGCUGUCGUGGAUGAGAAGAAAGGCAGAUCUGAUCCAUAUGUUAAAACUUACCUACUCCCAGACAAAGCUAGAAUGGGUAAGAGGAAAACUUCAGUGAAGAAGAGGACAGUGAAUCCCAUUUACAAUGAAGUGUUACGGUAUAAAAUAGAGAAAAUGGUAUUGCUGAUCCAAAAAUUAAACCUCUCUGUUUGGCACAAUGAUCCACUGGGACGUAACAGUUUCUUGGGAGAGAUUGAAGUAGACUUGGCCAGCUGGGACUGGAGCAACAGGAAACUCAACUGGUACCCACUGAAGCCCCGAAGCCUCUCUGCUGUUAAUGGUGUGGAUCAUCGAGGAGUGAUGAAUCUGUCUAUUAAGUAUGUCCCUCCAGGAAGCCUAGGUCCCAAGAAUCCUCCUUCUGGCGAAGUUCACAUUUGGGUCAAAGAUGUCAAGGAUCUGCUGCAGUUGCGUCCUUCUGGAGUUGACUCCUUUGUGAAAUGCUAUGUGCUUCCAGACACCAGUAAGAAGAGUUACCAAAAAACCCGAGUCAUAAAAAGGGACACAAACCCCGUUUUCAAUCACACUAUUGUGUAUGAUGGCUUUCAUACAGAGGACCUAAAGGAUGCUUGUGUUGAACUGACUGUGUGGGAUCAUGAAAAGCUUACCAACCAUUUCCUUGGAGGAAUCAGGCUGGGCCUUGGGACAGGUUUAAGCUAUGGCAUCUCUGUGGACUGGAUGGACUCCACACAAGAGGAGGUGGCCUUUUGGCAGGAGAUGAUGUCGGCUGCCAAUGAGUGGAUUGAGGGACUGCUGCCCCUGCGCUCGCUGGCAGGGAGGAAAAAACUGAAAUAACAAACCAUUUGUGCCAUAGGAAGGCUGAAUGUGGUCAUUAGAAUUGGGAGACUUCCUGCACCAAGGUGAUGGAGACCAACUGUGAGGCUAGCAGUGUAAGGCUGAUAAGGCAAUUGAUGGAUAGCACUUUGGUGAUGUUAAAUGUCAAAUACUAAAAUGCCAGCUGCCAAACUGAUGCUUUACUUGAUUUUGACCAAGAAGACACUUGAUUUGCCAUUUUAUUUAAUCGUGUUCAGUAUCUUUGAAUUCCACUAAGCCCUGGGAACACUGGCAGAAAGAAAAGGAGAUUUUUAAAUUUUUUUAAUGUUUCCUGUGCCAUUAUUUUCUGUGCAGAGAUGUAGUUGUACAAAGCAGCAACAUGGUAUUAUUCAUAUUUCCCUGCAAGUGGUACACUUUGUACUUGGUGUAGAAGUGCUCCAAGUCACCAGCAGCACAGUCUGGGAGUGGCAGCUUUGCUUUUGUUGCUGGCAAUACGUGAGGAAAACAAUGAGAGGACUAUUUGAAGCAGAAAAUGAAGCAACAUGAGGAGGAUAAUAAUGAAGAAUUCAAUGUAUUAAUUUCUUUCUGCUUUAAUACUAAAGAGAUGUGUGAUGGUCCUACAGCUAGUGGUAUUCUGCAACCAGGAAAUGUUUUCCUGGCUUUUUCCCACAGGCUUCCUCAGUGACCUCAGGCAAGUUCCUCUGUGAAAGGACAGUUUCAGUGCAAUAUAAACUAAAGUGCUUGCCCAAGUGUCAAAUAUGGUUACAUUACUGAUGGACCUAAUUGCACCUUUGAAAUGCCUUGUGUGCAAAAGAUUUAAAUAUGAAAUAGUGAUGUAGGAAAUUGUCUCACCUGGAACAAUGGAUCAGGAAAGAAAGGUCAAGACCACACUGGAAUGCAGGAGAAGUUGGGAGCCAGUGGGAGAGGUAAGUAGGGAGUGAGCAAAAGCCAAGCGUAACUACAAAGCUGUGGUUGCCUAGGGUGAUCUCCUGCUUCUGCACACCAUGCUGCUGUCUGGUCCUUUCACCUGAUGCCUGUCAGUGGGCUGUCCAUGGCUGGAAUUCCUUUAUGGCCAGUAGCUCCAAAAACUUUUCACCUGGCGCACUGACCGUGGCAGAAUGGUGUUGUUAGUGCAUUUUGGAAUGCAGCUUUGUAAUUUGUAUUUUGGAUGUACAUAUUGUGAUUAAAUAGAAUGG